UCAAUUGGUUCUGCUCUCCUGGUGCAACAACAGUGCUGCAGUUUCCUGCUUCUGUCACAAUUUGAAGCAAUCAUCUGUCACCAUGACUCAUGCAUAUCCUUUCCUGACACCUGAGCAAAAGAAGGAGCUCAAUGCUAUUGCUCUGAGAAUUGUAGCUGCUGGAAAAGGCAUUCUUGCGGCAGAUGAGUCCACAGGCAGCAUGGCCAAGCGUUUCAAUGGCAUCGAUAUCGAGAACACAGAGGAGAACAGGAGGCUUUACCGACAGCUCCUCUUUACUGCCGACGACCGCGUCAAACCCUGCAUCGGAGGGGUCAUCUUCUUCCACGAGACGCUCUACCAAAAAACAGAUGACGGCAAACUUUUCCGCCAGCUAGUCAAGGAGAAGGGCAUCGUGGUGGGCAUCAAGGUUGACAAGGGUGUGGUUCCCCUCGCUGGCACCAAUGGAGAAACCACCACGCAAGGUCUUGAUGGGCUUUACGAACGCUGUGCUCAGUACAAGAAGGAUGGUGCUGACUUUGCAAAGUGGCGCUGUGUGUUAAAGAUCACAUCCACCACGCCGUCCAACUUGGCGAUCAUGGAGAAUGCAAAUGUUCUGGCACGCUAUGCCAGCAUUUGCCAGAUGCAUGGAAUUGUGCCCAUUGUCGAGCCUGAGAUACUACCAGAUGGUGACCAUGACCUGCAGAGGUGCCAGUAUAUAACUGAGAAGGUGCUGGCAGCUGUGUACAAGGCUUUAUCAGACCAUCAUGUGUAUCUGGAGGGGUCGCUGCUCAAGCCCAACAUGGUGACGGCUGGACACUCCUGCGCCAAAAAGUACAGCCCUCAGGAAAUCGCCAUGGCAACUGUCAUAGCCCUGCGUCGUACUGUGCCUCCCGCUGUACCAGGUGUGACUUUUCUAUCAGGGGGGCAGAGCGAAGAAGACGCCACCAUUAACCUGAAUGCCAUCAACCAAUGUCACCUGCUGCGGCCUUGGGCUCUCACCUUCUCCUAUGGCCGUGCUCUUCAGGCAUCUGCUCUUAAAGCCUGGGGGGGGAAGGAGGGGAAUGGCAAAGCCUGUCAGGACGAGUACAUAAAGAGAGCCUUGAAUAACAGCCAGGCAGCUCUUGGUAAGUAUGUGUCCUCUGGAGAGAAGGGUGCAGCCGCUCAGGAGUCUCUGUUUGUGAUCAACCAUGCCUACUGAGGCCAACCAGAUGUACCAGAGAUGUGGAGGCUAGAGAGUGACAAUCCAACUCUUAUUGAUAAUGCAACCAGUGAUGGGAGUCUCAAAUCAAAUAUGAUCAUUUGAACAAUAAUCCUAAGAAACGGUCUAUAUGUUCCUGUCCGAUUGGGACUUAAAAAGCAAUUAUUGUGGUUGAACUGUCUUCGUUGUUUCACUUGUGUUCUUUUGUGUGGGUGCAUGCGUGUGUGUAAGCAGGCAAAAAUAAAGAAUUCCCCUUAAUA